AUGCCACGUAAGCUACGUAAGAAUAUACGUAAGAGGAAGGGAGCAUUGAAACAUCCAAUAGUAAAACUGACACCACAACAACAGUUGCAACAACAAAUGAUGAAUGACCCCACUAUGUUGCAACAAAUGUCAAGCAACCCUAUGCUUUUAAACCGAGUUAUUGGUGCACAGAGUGGAGGUUUAAGAGCGGCACUUUUAGCGAAAAUGGCAGGCUAUGGUGGAGCUGCAGACGGAACAGCUUAUAACCCU